AUGAAAGUAGAAUUAGAAGGAUAUAAGAAGCUUCUAGAAACAAUUUGGCCAUAUGCUAGUUUAUCAGGAACAAGUCUAAAUCAAUUUGGGAUGUUUGAAACAUGUUUAAGAAAUGGAUACUAUUAUUCAAGUCUUAAAAUAGAGAUGGACCCUAUUCCAAGUUAUUAUGGACUGUGUCAUUCUAUAGAAUGCACAACGAAUGAUUUCAAUGAUGAAGAAUUGUAGUCUGAUUUUAAGGAAUUAAUCAAUUCAACAGGGUUCUUAGACAAAUAUAACGUAUCAAUAGAUGAUGCCGAUUUCAUUUUUUAUGACCCUCUAACUUACAGAAAGGAUUAGGGGAUUAUGUUUACAUUUACGCUUUUUCUUAUUGGAAUGUUUUUGAUUCUUAGUUGUUUCAAUCCAGUUUUUUGUUAAAUGAUGAAAUUUAAAAGACAGGCCAAGGUCUCAAUAAACCUAAGUGAUGUUGAAAGUCGCGAGAGACAUGAUGAGAAUUUGGGAUUAACAAAUAAUGAGAUAACAACAAUAAAGUAAGAAGAAACUAAGAAAUCAUUCUUCAUAGAUUACUCUAUUAAGGAAAGUUAUAAUACACUCUUUUCAUUUAAAGAACACGAUACAAAUUUAAGUAUAAUGGAAGGAUUUAGAUCAUUGGGAUUUUUAAUGGUAAUCUUUGGCCAUCAAUUCCUAGAUUUAGCAAAAUCAUCAUUUCAAUACGAAAUGUUGGCUUAAUUGAAGUCAUGGCUAUGUUUAAACCUAGUUAAUAUGUUGUAUAGUGUAGAUAUGUUCUUUUGGCUUGGUGGUUUUUUUAGUGGAUUUAUGUUAAUUGAGAAAAACAAAAUGAAAUUAGUUAAGAAAAAUGGAUUAUCAAUCUUUGGAUUUUUAUUACAUAGAAUUUUGAGAAUCUGGCCAUGUUAUGCAAUAGCUAUUUUGAUUAGUUCCUAGUUAGUUCCAUACAUGGGAGAUGGACCAAGAUGGUUUAUGGCGUUGGACCGUUUUGAAUGUGCAACAGGAUGGAGAAACCUAAUAUUUAUAGAUAACCUAUUCUACGAUACUUAAUAUUGUUUUCCAUGGGGUUGGUAUUUAUCAACUGAUAUGCAAUUGUUUACCUCAUGUUUGAUUCCAGUGUUCUUAUACGCCAAAUUGAAUUCAAGAGCAGCUAAGAUAGUGAUCAUAUCAUUGUUAGUUAUAACUCAAACUAUUGGCACAGUGAUGUCCUUUGUAAAUGAAUAUUUGUUGCCUCCUUUUGCUUUGACUUAACCAAAGAUGCAUUAGAAUUACUACACUAAACCAUUUACAAGAGGUCCCCCAUACUAUUUAGGAUUUCUAUUGGGAGUUUUGUACAGAGAAUUGAAAGAAAAUAAUGUGAAUGUCUUAAGUAAAUUAAUGGGAUAUGCUUCAAAAAGAUAAUUGAAAUUUAAAUCAUUGUGUUACUUAUUAGGUUUUUUAAUAAUUGGAGGCAUUUGGUUUGGGUGGAGACCAGCUCAAUUGCAUUAUGAACAUUAGGAUUAUUGGAAUAAAACAAUAUAGAGUCUCUGGUUUGCAUUUUGCAGAUUAGGAAUAGCAUUGGGAAUGAGCUUCUUGUCUUUGCCUUGUUUAUUUGGGAUGCAGGAUUUAUUCAAUCUGACGUUUAUGAGGAACAAUUACUUUAGAUUUAUCAACAAGAUUUCAUUUUCUGGCUACUUAUUACAUUAAGUAAUAAUCUUUGGAGUGCUGGGGCAAUUUUAUCAAACACCUAACUUUUCAUUCGAAACAAUAUUCACACUUUACAUAGGGAAUGUGUUUAUAACUAUAAUAUGUUCAAUAUUGUUUUAAUAGAAAACAGAGUGA